AAAAAUCCACAACCAGAAGACCUGAACAACCUCUGCGAUUUCCGAAAAUGGGACGUUAGAAAGAGUGAAGUCAGAAAAGUGUUAAACCAGGAUGUAAAGUGCGCAAGGGCUCGCUGAAAAGGUCGUCCAGGAUAAGCAAGUUUACAGCUGCUCGCGGUGUUCCUGCCCCGUGCGUUAUCGAUCCUUGCGGACCGCAGAAUAUCGUCCUCCGCCGGUGCUCCUCGCGUUCCUGCUCGGAUGUAUCCGAGUGGCAAACGCAAGUUGGAUGUCCGUCUGUUCCUAUGGGGCCUGUUUCUGCUGCAAAUUUCACUCAUCUCUCUGUUUCUGCUGUUCGGUACUUUGCUGGUGGCCCCACCGCCGGACGACACCAGCGAAGAGAUCGCCGUAGCUGAGCUACGACACCCUCAGAAUGCCAAAGCAGCGGCCACUUCGAUUGGCCAGGUUUGGUCUUCUUUCGGGGUACGAUUCAUCUCCAACCGGACGUCCGGUGGGGCGUCACCCGAUGUCGGGACGAAAACAGCUGAGGGCAACUCUCUGCUUCUCCACCGCAACUUCUCUCAGCGCGAUGGGGAUGGUGCUGCGUACUACCAUGGUGACGCCAUCGGUCAGCUGUUGGACGGCAAGCAGCACCCAAGGCACCCCAAAUACCGACCGUGGAUCCAGCGUGCCCUACCGGCACCGGCACGUGCCAAACAAGAAUUCAGGACCGUUUCCUACCCCGACUGGCAAGGGUUACGCCGACGAAAGUUGUGCUUCAUCGAGGGUACUCGACGGAAUGCAACCAUUGAUACCAGCACACUUCAACAGCAACAACAGCCCACCAACAGCAAAACCAAUGAGACUGAACUAAAAGAUACAGGAAUGGUGGAGACCAGGGCCGCGGAAGCGGCAAGCGAGCUUAUCAACGGGCGCGAUGGUGAUUCCGGAGCCGAGCACGUCUUUGAUGAGGAAGGAAGAAUUGUGGCGGUUGGCGAAGAUGGAUCGAUCGGACGGUGUCGAUGUAAUGCCCAGUGGCAUGGGACCGACUGUGGUCAACCGGAAGUAAUAUGGCGUGCAUUCAUCACAUCCAAGAUACCGGCAGGUGAUCGGCCGGUGGAUGCACCCCGUAAAUUGGCCCGCAACGUGAUCUACAUCGUGCAGAGCACAUUCGUCAGCAUCGAGGUGCUGGAGAUACAACUAAUGGAACUAUACGAGCAGGUCAGCCUGUUCGUGCUCUGCGAUCGACAGCCCGUGGACUCUUCGGUACCCUCACAGAAGGAUUUUUCAUUUGCGGAUCACUACGAGAGCACAGAUUUCCUACGCUCGUUGCGCCACCGGUUGCUCAUAGUCACGGAUGCGACCUGUAGCGGCCGGAACGUAUUUCGAAAGGUUCAGAAAUACAGCACCAAGGCAUCGAUCCGACCGGACGAUAUUGUGCUGGUGAGCGGUACGGAUGAGAUAUUGAACCGUAAAGCGGUUGCCUACCUUCGCUGGUACGAUAAUUGGCCGCAACCGGUACGGUUUCGGUUGAAGCACAACGUGUACGGGUUCUUCUGGCAGCAUGCAACCAACAGCACGGUGAUCGGGAGUGCUGCCGUGCAGGUGAGCACGCUGCGUGAGGUGUACGCAUCGGAUCCGGAUCGUUUGCUGCUGAUCGAUAAACCGGUAAUGCUGAUCGGUGAUUUAAAUCACUUUGGCGGCUGGUACUGUCGGCGCUGCUAUCAACCGGGUUCGGUUGUGCGAUAUUUUGAGCAACGCGCAGCGCUCUACCGGCCAGGUGAUGUUCAGCCCAUGCUGUACCUUCCCGACCCGAAGCGAACGGGUGUUCUGAACGAAGCGUACGUGCAGCAGUUGAUUGCCUCGGGGAAGGAUCUGGAGGACGGAGAGCGACCGCUCGAGCGCAUAAGCCAGCGAACGGACCAUUACUAUCAGCCGGAGUAUGUGCGUAAGAAUAGCUGGAAGUUUGAUAACAUCGUACUGAAUCUCUACGCUCGCUGGGAGGACAGCAUUGCGGAGGACGAUUAUCUUAGCUAGACUAGACCUCUUCGGUUUGGUACCUGAGUUGGAGCCAUCAAUUGAAUCUUCCAGCGAUCUUCCAUCUAUCAUCGCCUCUUCCUCGAACCAAAAAAAGAAGAAAAAAACUCACAAAUACCACACAUAAUCAUCCAAAAACUAGUCAAAUCGUAUCUCAUAAUCGCUUUUAAAGAACCCUUCCUCCCUCCCAUCCACACCAUCAUUCCGCCAAAUUCGCUAUCAUGACCGUCAAGUUUUAUCAAUAUCCAAUCCCACUACCAGCUGACGACUACUUAACGAUGCUGUUUAACGGUGAUCGACAUAUUUAUAUAUCGGAAAGGUCAUGGGGUGUUAAGACCCUCAGUCAAGUGAUAAGCCAGUAGACGACAGAAUGAAAAACUUUUCGUGAGCCAAGGCUGAUUAAGGAACGAUAGCGGAGCAGAACCUAUAUAGUUAGACACCAAUUAGGUAGGGAAGAUCAGGGACAGAGGCGGCAGAGUGCAGGGAAUCAUGUUCAUACUCGCAACCAAAUGACGUACAGUAAACAAAGAGACCCCGAGAGAUAGCCUGAGGGAUGAAGAUGGGCCAAGGAUAAUCUUCAUUUUCAAUCCGAUACUAAUACUCUGUCUGUGCCACGAAUCGCACGAAGCAAAGAGAAGGGAGCAAGCACCACGCCGCUGGUGAUGACUGUGGAUAGACUGCUGCGUUUUUGAAGCGGAGGACCGGGGAGGUACAUUAGCUAAGGACUAAUAAAUAGUUAUUUGUUUUCUAA